AUUUUGCUGGAAUCUCACACACGUGUUCUAAAGGCAGGAGUUUCGUAAACAACAACAGCCGACAGCGCAGGCUGAGAGGCUGAGCUGCUUUUACAGAUUCACGUUCACAUUCAUUCGAUAGCUUUUGUUCGGACCCGAGAGCGGGUUUAUUUUGGAAUUUGGAAGUGGGGUUAUGCUAGCUGAGAUCUCAGAUCAUUGAUUCACUCGUUUGUGCUGUCUUAUUUCCAGAUCUCCUAACGAUGAAAGAAGGCCGAAGUGGAGGCCGCGCUCCAGCACAUAAUGUUUAUGAGUCUUCACCAUCAACAGGUUCUACUCCAACUGGAGCCAACUCCAGCCAACUCAAUGGAAGCAGCCCUCCUGUCCUGCCCUCCUCUCCUCCUUCGUCACGUAAAAGAGGCGCUGUUUCCCCUGACAUUUCAGAGACCCCAUCAAAAGCCAUGGUCCUGAGUGGUGCUCUGGAGCCUGUCUGUCUUGACAUACAGGAGGAUGAUACACCUCGCAAGAUAGCUCUGAAGAGAAGAAUAAGGGUCGUGCAGAAACAGCUUCAGGAGGAAAGGCGAAAGACUGCAGAAUUGAAGCGAAAGUAUGCAGAAGUGGAGCGAAAGACUGCAAAGAAGCAAAGAGAGUUGGAAGCCAUGAAAAAAAUAUUAAAGAGAGCCAUUGAUUUCGGUUUGUGCUGUGUCACUAUCGACGCACCACUCGGGGAAGACAGAGGCCUCACAUGGCAUGCUCGCCCUGCUCUCAUGGGUCCGCAAUAGAAGCUUUCAAAAAUGGCCAAUCCAUGCCAUAAAAUAGUGUAUUGUCAUCUUUGGAACUUUGGAGCUAUUCUCCAUUUGUAUGUUUAUUCUACUGUCAUGUUUGAGCUUUUUCUCAUGACCGUAAUAAUUUGUGCAAUUUGGGUUGUGGCGAUCAAAACACUUGCACCACCAUCGUCUGUCGUUUUGCUAAAGGUGCCCCAAAUUAACUUUUUUUCCACCUUUGAUGUCUAGAACUUCAUGUCAUUUUGAAGCUAUUCUCUACUGUCAUUGGUUAUUGUUUGUUUUUACGGGGCAUUGUAAUUCUAAAUUCCAAUCCCUGACAAUGCGUUAGUAAAAAGCGUAUUUUUUGUGCUCAAAAUUAGGCAAUAAAACAUACAUUUUUAAACCUGAUCCUUA